AGGUGCCUCCUGUGCGGGGUGACGUCAAAGCCCUGUCCGGGCUCGAUUGUGACGUAGCCUCAGAACGCGAGAACUCGCCCGCCGAUUGGCUAAAGCGCGCGGCCCGGCGGUGUUUGGGUUCAAAAAACCUCCCAUGCUCCGCCGCCAUGGUCCCUGCUUCUUCUGCUCCUUCUCCUUCCUCGCGGGGCGCGAAGAGCGAGUACAUGAAGCGCUUCAAGGAGCCCAAGUGGGAGGCCUGCGGCCCUUGCUACCAGGAGCUGCUCCGCUACCGCCUCAGCCGCCGCCUCCUGGAGCAGGCGCACCGGCCCUGGUUCUGGGACGGCUGGGAGGAGGAGAGCAGCCCCGGAGGAGGCACCAGCAGCAGCUCCCCCGCCUCGCCUCCAGGCGCCUCCAGCCCCACAGCCCCACAGCCCCGACACGAAGAAGAAGACCAAGAGAAAUCUGAAGAGAAGACUGAAGCUGACAAAGACAAAAAGAAGUCUGCAGUGAAAGAAACCGACAAGUCAAAUGGUCGACAGCAAGGGCCACAUGUGAAUCGCAAUUCUGUGGGUGCCCAAGGAGGCAGAAGGCGAGCAAAAAGUCCACAAAGGACAGAAACAACAAGGGAGAUGAGACACCCAUUUGCUUUGUAUGGCUGGGGAGAAAAACAGACAGACACAGGGAGUCAGAAAACACACAAUGUCUGUGCAUCUGCUUCAGAUAAUGAAAUUCAUGAGUCUGCAUUAAGAGCAAAGAAUAGAAGGCAAGUGGAAAAAAAGAAGCUGUCUCAGAGACGGAUUCACUCAGCAGAAGUCGAGAGAAGCUGGAGAAUGAAAUCUUCUGGAGCAGAAAACCCCUGGAUGACUGAAUACAUGAGGUGUUACUCAGCACGAGCUCGAUGAGUCAAAAACCUGACUGGACCAUCUUUUUUUAAAAAAUUCAAAAACAGAGUUGGAAGUUAACUAGGACACUACAGCAAAAUUCCAGACUAGUUAUACAGGGUUUCUACAAAUAGUUUUUACUAGGUAGUUUGCUACCUUUGUAUUUUGGUUACUUAUUGCAACAGGAGAGGAGAGAAUUGCAUCCUGAGGGGAACUGUUUGGCAGUAGAGCCUUGUACAACUUUCUUUCCAAAAAGAGGUACAGUAUACGGUGAUGUUUUCUUUUGACUUUCAGGUAGCAGGCUAUAGAAGGCUGUACAAGGAACCCCUUUUUUAAAAAAUGAAAGUACUAAAAAAAGGGUUUAUUGAUACUUAUUUAGCCCACCUUCCAUAUUAAACUUCUCAUUUCCAAUCCAUGUAAAAUUACUUGCCUUUAAAACAAGUUGAUAGUUCCCCCCCCCCCUCAGGAUUGGGGCCCAUGAGCCCUAUAAAUCAGUUUGCUGUAAUUAUAUAAGGAGAGUUGUAGAGACCAAUGCAUUUUCUUAUCAUUUUAGUUAAACUUGCAGUAAGUUACAUCAAGCCUGUACAACUUGUAAGCUGAAUGUUCUUUGAGUAGGGAUGGGAAAAAUGUGACUCUCUUGAUGUUGGAUUGCAGCUCCCAUUAGCCCUAUCCAGCAUAGCCAAUGGUGAGCAAUGGUGCGGGUUCCAGUGGGCCAUGUAUUCCCUCUCCAUGGAAUCCAUUGUGAACUUCAGUAGGCCUAUUAGUUGUUUCCUUCCUUUACAAAAACAGGAUUCUCGAGCAUCUGCUUGCUGUAUCACAGCUAUGGAGGCCUACUUAUGGAGGUAGAAAUGUGCUAGCUCCAUCACAGCUGUCUCUCAAGGGUGGUUCUCUUGGAAUCAUUCUGGAAUUCUGGAAAUUCUCCCCAGCCUUUAGUAAAUGUACAGUGGUAAAUUUAA